AUGGCAGGCGCUAAACUCACACCGUCUCCCUCGGAGAUAGACCCAGACGUCAAGACCGAGGCCACGAAAUCCUCAGAGGAGCCGACUUGGGUCAACCCGUCGAUGCCGAUACGGACGAUGGGUUCUUUUGGGAGUGAUGCUGGGCAAAGUGUCUCUAUGUACCUGUGUCUGUGUCUCUAUGUACCUGUGUCUGUGUCUCUAUUGUCUCUAUUGUCUCUGUGUACCUGUGUCUUAGUGUCUCUGUGUCUCUAUGUACCGGUGUCUGUGUCUCUAUGUACCUGUGUCUUAGUGUCUCUGUGUCUCUAUGUACCUGUGCCUCUGUGUCUCUAUUGUAUCUGUGCCUCUAUGUACCUGUGUCUCUGUGUCUCUAUGUACCUGUGUAUCAGUUGUCUCUGUAUCUCUAUGUACCUGUGUCUCUAUGUACCUGUGUCUCUGUAUCUCUAUGUACCUGUGUCUCAGUGCCUUUGUGUCUCUAUGUACCUGUGUCUCUGUGUCUCUGUUGUCUCUGUCUCUAUGUACCUGUGCCUCUGUGUCUCUAUGUACCUGUGCCUCUGUUGUCUCUAUGUCUCUAUGUACGUGUGUCUUAGUGUCUCUGUCUCUAUGUACCUGUGCCUCUGUAUCUCUAUGUACCUGUGCCUCUGUGUCUCUAUGUACCUGUGCCUCUGUGUCUAUAUGUACCUGUGCCUCUGUGUCUCUAUGUCUCUAUUGUCUCUGUGUCUCUAUGUACCUGUGUCUCUUUGUACCUGUGUCUCUGUGUCUCUAUGUACCUGUGUCUUAGUGUCUCUGUGUCUCUAUUGUCUCUGUGUCUCUAUGUACCUGUGUCUUAGUGCCUCUGUGUCUCUAUGUACAUGUGGUUCAGGUGGAGUUCUACGGGUUCAGGUGGAGUUCUAUGUGAAUGAAAACACCUUCAAGGAGAGGCUCAAGCUGUUCUUCAUCAAAAACCAAAGGUCAAGCCUGAGGAUCCGUCUGUUUAACUUCUCCUUGAAGCUGUUGACGUGUGCCCUAUACGUCCUCAGAGUGUCUCUGGACGAUCCCGAACAGGUCACUGGUGUAUGUGUGAACUGUCAGAACCGAACAAGCACCACAGCAGAAUCUACAGAAAGCACCGAAAUCAACUGGGAUCUGAUUUUCUGGGUGAACAGAAGGGUUCCUGUAUGGGCGAUACAGGUGAUCGUGGCCUUAAUCAGUUUCCUGGAAGCCAUGCUCCUUACAUAUCUCAGCUACAAAGGAAACAUCUGGGAGCAGAUGUUCCAGAUCUCCUUCAUCCUGGAGAUGAUCAAUACCGUGCCGUUUAUAAUCACUAUCUUCUGGCCUCCAUUGAGAAACAUCUUCAUCCCAGUGUUUCUCAACUGCUGGUUAGCCAAGUGUGCCCUGGAGAAUAUGAUUAAUGAUCUCCAUCGUGCCAUUCAGAGGACCCACUCAGCCAUGUUCAACCAGGUUCUCAUCCUCAUCUGCACCCUACUCUGUCUGGUCUUCACUGGGGCGUGUGGUAUCCAGCAUCUUGAGAGAGCAUCCAAUCAGAACCUGACUCUGUUCAACUCUCUGUAUUUCUGCAUCGUCACCUUCUCUACCGUGGGCUACGGUGACGUUACACCUCAUAUCUGGCCCUCUCAGCUGCUGGUGGUUAUUCUCAUCUGUGUGGCUCUCGUGGUCCUCCCGCUACAGUUUGAGGAGUUGGCCUAUCUGUGGAUGGAGCGUCAGAAGUCAGGAGGGAACUACAGCAGACACCGUGCCCAGACAGAGAAACAUGCCGUCCUGUGUGUCAGCUCUCUGAAGAUAGACUUGCUCAUGGACUUCCUCAAUGAGUUCUACGCUCAUCCUAGAUUACAGGACUACUAUGUGGUGAUCCUGUGCCCUACGGAGAUGGACAUCCAGGUGCGUCGUGUCCUCCAGAUCCCCCUGUGGUCCCAGAGGGUCAUCUAUCUCCAGGGCUCAGCGCUCAAAGACACAGACCUCAUGAGGGCCAAGAUGGAUGAUGCAGAAGCUUGUUUUAUCCUGAGCAGUAGGAAUGAGGUGGACCGCACUGCGGCUGACCACCAGACCAUCCUCAGAGCCUGGGCUGUGAAGGACUUUGCCCCAAACUGCCCCCUGUAUGUCCAGAUCCUCAAACCAGAGAACAAAUUCCAUGUGAAGUUUGCUGAUCACGUAGUCUGUGAGGAGGAAUUCAAGUUCGCCAUGCUGGCCCUGAACUGUGUGUGUCCAGCCACAUCCACACUGGUCACACUCCUGGUGCACACUUCCAGAGGACAGGAAGGCCAGCUGUCUCCAGAACAGUGGCAGAGGACGUACGGACGGUGCUCGGGGAACGAGGUCUACCAUAUCCGCCUCUGUGACAGCAAGUUCUUUGGGGAGUAUGAUGGGAAGAGUUUCACAUAUGCCUCCUUCCACGCACACAAGAAGUAUGGUGUGUGUCUAAUCGGGGUGAAGAGGGAGGACAACAAGAGCAUCCUGCUGAACCCUGGUCCUCGCCACAUCAUGGCUGCCCCAGACACCUGCUACUACAUCAACAUCACCAAGGAGGAGAACAGCGCCUUCAUCUUUAAACAGGAGGAGAAGGACAACAAGGGCCUGCCGGUGGCCGGGCUGUACGAUGCCCCCUCCAGGGUGCCUGUACACAGCAUCAUCGCCAGUAUGGGGACGGUCGCCAUGGACCUCCAGAACCCGACGGACCCCCCAGAGGACAGCAGCAAGCUGACCCUGCCCACAGAGAAUGGGUCUGGAAGCAGACGGCCCAGCAUCGCCCCCGUCUUGGAGAUCGCUGACUCCUCCUCCAUCCUGCCCUGCGACCUGCUCAGUGACCAAUCAGAGGACGAAACCAACCAAUCAGAUGAGGAGAGCUCGUCGGUGUCCGAUUUUGUGAAAGGAUAUCCUCCCAACUCGCCCUACAUUGGCAGCUCUCCAACCCUGUGCCAUCUCUUACCCCAGAAAGCCUCGUUCUGCUGCCUUCGUCUGGACAAGGGUUGCAGGCACAACAGUUUUGAGGAUGCCAAGGCCUAUGGUUUUAAGAACAAGCUGAUCAUAGUAUCUGCAGAGAUGGCAGGGAACGGCCUCUAUAACUUCAUCGUCCCUCUGCGGGCCUACUACCGCCCCAGGAAAGAGCUCAACCCUAUCGUCCUGCUAUUAGACUACCCGCCUGACAACCACUUCCUAGAAGCCAUCUGCUGUUUCCCAAUGGUCUACUUCAUGGCCGGAACUAUAGAUAACCUGGACAAUCUUCUGCAGUGUGGCAUCAUCUAUGCUGAUAACCUGGUGGUGGUGGACAAGGAGAGCACCAUGAGUGCUGAGGAGGACUAUAUGGCAGACGCCAAAACCAUAGUCAACGUACAGACCAUGUUCAGGCUGUUCCCCAGUCUUAGUAUCAUCACUGAGCUGACCCACCCCUCCAACAUGAGAUUUAUGCAGUUCAGAGCUAAGGACUGCUAUUCUCUGGCUCUCUCCAAACUAGAGAAGAUAGAGCGUGAUAAGGGUUCCAACCUGGCCUUCAUGUUCCGUCUGCCGUUCGCUGCAGGCAGAGUGUUCAGUAUCAGUAUGCUGGAUACGCUGCUCUACCAGUCAUUUGUGAAGGACUAUAUGAUUCCCAUAGCAAGACUUCUACUAGGCCUGGACACCACACCAGGGUCGGGUUACCUGUGUGCAAUGAAGGUGACAGAGGAGGACCUGUGGAUCAGGACGUACGGCAGAUUGUUCCAGAAGCUGUGUUCCUCCAGUGCUGAGAUUCCUAUAGGCAUCUACCGUACAGAGUCUCACAUGUUCCCCUCUUCUGAGUUAAAGGAUGGGUACCCACAGUCUCAAGUCUCCAUCAAUGUAGAGGACACCGGCGGUGACGAUCAGAGGGACAACAGAAGCGAGUCAUGGAAGGAGAAGACCAGAACACACCGGAUGUCCACCACCAGCGAAUCAGAACACCCGUUACUGAGGAAGAAGAGCCUCCAGUGGGCGCGGCGUCUGAGCCGUAAGAACACCAAACCUCCAAGCCGCACCGAGCGGUUCUCACAGCAGCGCCUCAAUCUGUACCGGCGCUCAGAGAGACAGGAGCUGUCUGAGCUGGUUAAGAACCGCAUGAAGCACCUGGGACUGCCCACUGUCGGAUAUGAGGAUGUUGCUAAUCUUACCGCGAGCGAUGUCAUGAACCGAGUAAAUCUAGGAUAUUUACAAGAGUUACAGGGCAUUUCAGAGCAGCCGUUAGGAGAGGAGACCAGAACAGGGGCAAACACAGGUGGGUUUGGAGAAGCAGAUGCACUUUACCCCCCAACCCCCAAGCUUGAGCCCCAUUCUGUCCCAGAUGAGAUGAACGACCACCAGAACACUCUUUCCUACGUUCUCAUCAACCCCCCUCCAGACACCAUGCUGGAGCUCAAUGACAUUGUGUACAUUAUCCGGUCUGACCCUCUGGCGGGCCCUAAUGUGCCGGAGGAUCCAGCCCAAGGGCAGAGCAGCGGUGGCGGCCGGAUGAGGCAAGACUUUGGCACUGAGACCAGGGACGAGACCCACCUCUGAAACUCCCUCACCUCACCCCGAUUGCCAACCCCCGGCACAAUAUAUAUAUAUAUAUAUAUAUAAUAUAUAUAUAUAUACACACACAUAUACACAUACACACACACACACACACACAAAGCUGCUAUGGAAGGAUGCAUAAAGACUGCCUCAUCAUUAAUGAACUACUUCACCUCUUGGAGAGCAUCAGACAGACGCGGCCCUCUUGGAGAGCAUCAGACAGGCCCUCUUUGCAACAGAUUAAACAGAAAGAGUGCACCAGUCACUGGAGGGAGAGAGAGACGGACUGGAAGCACGCCCCUUCCGGACAAGUAAGCACGCCCCCUUCCGGACAAGUAAGCAACCAGAAGAGACGAUGAUGUCAGAGGUCCUGUGACGCUCUUAAUAUUUAGAGGUUAGUUUGAUUUAGCUCGUUCACACGCUUGGUGGAUGGAGCUCGCACUUUAGGACCAAUGGAAAGGUGUCACAAGAGCAAACUCUGCCUGUAUGGUAUGCUGGUGAGCUCGACCAAGCACACCUGGUGUGUGUGUGGGGACUGUGUAGUUAUCAGUUACGAUAGCAAGUCAUGUACGGAGUUUGGUACAGAAAUGGUUAUUUAUUAUCUCAAUGUUAUGGCAGUAUUCUUACAAAUCAAUCAUGAUAGUACAUAAGCACUUUUUAAAUUACAUUGAUUUUCGUUUUUUAAUUUCCUAUUUUCAAUGUAGAAAACAUUGUAUCUUAUAUAGGGACCCUUUUACUGCUCAUGCUGGAUGUUUCCCCGUUUUGUUUUAUAACAUGACAUUUCUUAUUAAAAGUCUAGAAUAGUAAAGGAAUUGAAGAACCUAUAUAAAUUCUUCCAUGCCACUACAAUAUGUCGCUCUAUUUGUGCCAUAUGGUAUCUGGAUAUGUAUUUUAUAUCUGUCAGUGUUCUAGUUAAGCUAAUGUACAACCAUUCCUUAUUUCUGACAGGAUUUGAUUAAUUAUUGUACAUUACAGUACAAUGAUCCUGAUUUUCCGUGGAAAACCUAUGUUGUUUUGCACAAUAAGAGACAGGCACAGUAAAAGUGAACGUUGACUACAAAAUGAAAGUUUGUUUUAUGUUUUCAGAUGUUAAAAGUCAUCUAAUGUAAAGAUGAGUUGGAGUUAACUAUCACUUGAAGUCUGUUAGUAUGGCCAGUACAUGGGCUUGGAUUGGAGUACAGUGUUGCAAGCUGGAUUCAAUAUGUCCUUUCACUUAUACAGGAAUCACUUGUACAGUAAAUGUAGUAUUGUGUGUGCUUUAGAUAUUGAAUCAUUAUUUAAGGGUUAGGAGAUGUAUUUAUGGGGGGGGUUCGAUACUGUUGGACUAAUAUGUGUGGUUUUAUCAUUGUAAAUAGUCUAACACUUUUAAUCUUCAUUGUUUCGUUACAAAAAGAAUCUGGGUCAUUUUUACAGAAAUUAUAACAAGAAGGUCUUGAAAUACUUUUGCACUAAGCUCUGUGGUCGUUAAGAGCAUUAUAGCAUGACCCUUUAAUAAAACAGACUACAGUAUUCACACCACAGUAUGAGUCAGUCUCCAUACAUUCAGAGAAAGGUGGUAUAAACACAAUAUCAACUUAGUUAAGUUUGCAAAGUUUAAGGUUCAUUGUCAUUGUAAAUGAUACAAUAUACUUUGUCCAUUUAGAUGGAAUUGUUGGGGGUGAAGCCACCAUACAAAUACACACAAAAAGAGUACACCAUAAUACAUGCAUUUCCUGACUGCAUGAAUACGAUUAGGUUGUUGAGAAAGUUUGUUAUGAUGAAGGAAAGGCAACUGCUGAUACUUUGAUAUCAGGACUGAAGUUGUUUAAUAUAUAUUUCUUGCUGUGUUUGAGAUGUAUAGUAUUCCCACGUUGUCCAUUGAUUUACUGUAAGUGUAGAUAGAGUAUGUUUGAUUCUAGCCAGGCCCCCACAGAAAGGCCGUUUACAGAUCUGGAGGACUAAAGAAGAGUACAGUUGAUCACCAUGGAAACAAUGAGCGUGUACAAUCCCAUCAGUCACCAUAUAAUUAGAAUCCAUAGAAAAUCUGUUUGUGGUUUUUGAAGUUUAUACUGUAGUUUAGAAAGGGGCAUGCAAACACAAAAAGCAUGUUUCUAAAUAAAGCUUGCCAAACCAGAUAUGUUUUCUUACAGCUAGAUUGCCGAUCUGUGUGAAGUAUCACACCUAGAAAAUGAAUCUGAUAAUAUUCCCCGCUUCUUUUUCGUAAGCCUGUCAUUUGAUAUCUUUAUAUGGAACCACGCAUGUUCUCCAAAAACCUCUGUUCACUUUAUCAUGUUCUUCAUUCCUGGUGAAAAGGUCCAUUUUCUACUAUUUCUUAUGAUGAAGUCUGUGUACUUCUCUACCAUGAUGUGAAAUAUGAAACAAUAAAUGCUACAUGCAGCAGGGAACAUUGAAA